AUAUCUCCACAGCCUGAUGAAAACUUGGAGCCGUUUUUUGACUCACUGGUGAAGCAGACUCAAGUGCCCAACAUCUUCUCACUGCAGCUUUGUGGAACAGGCUUCUCUUUGAAUGACUCGGACUCUGCAUCGUCUGUGGGGGGGAGCAUGAUAAUUGGUGGCAUUGACUCAUCUCUUUAUCUGGGCAACAUCUGGUUUACACCAAUCAGGAAGGAGUGGUACUACGAGGUCAUUAUAGUGAAGAUUGAGAUCAACGGACAGGACCUGAACCUGGACUGUAAGGAGUAUAACUACGACAAGAGUAUCGUGGACAGUGGAACUACAAACCUUCGGCUGCCCAAGAAGGUGUUCCAAGCUGCAGUGAAAUCCAUCAAAGCUGCGUCUUCUACGGAGAAAUUCCCAGAUGGUUUUUGGUUGGGUGAGCAGCUGGUUUGCUGGCAGAUUGGCACCACGCCCUGGCACAUCUUCCCAACAAUAUCGCUCUACCUCAUGGGGGAGGCCACUAAUCAAUCUUUCCAAAUCACUAUCCUACCACAACAAUACCUGCGCCCAGUGGAGGAUGUGGCCACUUCUCAGGAUGAUUGCUAUAAGUUUGCCGUCUCCCAGUCUACAACAGGAACCGUGAUGGGCGCCGUCAUCAUGGAGGGGUUUUAUGUUGUCUUUGACCGUGCUCGCAAACGCAUUGGAUUUGCAGUUAGCACUUGUCACGUGCACGAUGAGUUCCGGUCAGCCAUGGUGGAGGGUCCCUUCUUUAGCACAAACAUGGAGGACUGCGGCUACAACAUUCCCCAGACGGAUGAGUCUACGCUGAUGACAAUUGCCUAUGUGAUGGCAGCCAUCUGCGCCCUCUUCAUGCUGCCUCUGUGCCUCAUGGUCUUUCAGUGGCGCUGUUUCCGUUGCCUUCGCCGUGAUCACGAUGACUUUGCAGACGACAUAUCGCUGCUGAAGUGAAUAAGGAAGAACUGUUCGAAAUGGAAGAAUAUCUUUCUCCCCCUCUCCUUUUUAACUAAGAAGCAGUUUACAGCAAUGGAUAGAACAGCAGGUGUUCCAAGAAUCGAAAGCGAGAGUUGAGGUUCACGAUUAUUGUAGUGUAGACAAAAUUACAUACCCCACAUCCCCCAGUGUGCAGGCCCUUCCAUAUUGUACUAUCUUUCAGUCAGAUCGUUUCCUUGAACUGUGACUGAAUAUCCACAGGGCAGACCAACAGCCCAGUGACAGUGAUGUUCGAGAAUUGAAUAACUCAACAAGGUACACAAACUCCUCCUCACAAGAGAUGGCAACUGACUGAAAGAAGUCCACUUGAGUAUCUCCAAAAGGAAACUGUAAAUAUUAGCCACAGAGAAAUAUUUUUUAUUUGACAGAUUCCUCACCUUGAUCGUAACCAACCUAAUUCCAUGGUAUCUUCUACUGGACCAAUAGCAAAUACGUGAGCAGUGGAAAUGGUUGUUAAUGACAUCUGCUUGAUUUUUAUCGAUCUCUAGCCUGUGCAGCUGAGCAAUGGCCGUUCACUCCUACAAACUGAGUGCAAUAUGGUUUUACACUACCAGCACAUUGACACUACCUUACAGAUAUCAUUUAUAAUGCGUAGUGUUUACAUUUAUGUGUAAAUAUCCAGAAAUAUAUGCAUUAUAGUAAGUUGCAUUACAUUUAUAGGGCAGCAUUGAACAAUGUGGCAUUGCAAUGACUGUUCAAUGCCUUUUGUUUUCUUUCGCUCCUGAAGACCAUGAGUCCUCAUGCAGUUACUUUUUAAUGUGUACUGGGCACCCUCAAUAGUUGUCUUAAAUGGUCAUUUAUGAAAUGCAAGCCCAACUAACAUAAGUCAGUGUGUCCAUGGAUUUCCAUGGUAGAUGAUGCUGCCAUUUACAAAUUAGGCACUUUUCCACAGAGGGCACGGAUAAUGAUCGAUAUUGGGAGUUGAGGCUGCUGUGGCCAAUUGUACUAUUUUCCACUGCUAUUCAGAAUGAAAUCAGGUCACUCAGCACACCGACUGAAGAUUAAUCUUGGGAAUUUCUGGCUUGUAUAUUUGUAUGUGUGUCAUUUACUUAGUAUCUUGAUCAAAAUGCCAUUGAGAGGAAUCUUGGCCAAUGUGACAUGACAACUGCAACCCAAUUGCCUUAUACAGCUGCUCCUGAGAUAGCGCUACUGUGGUUACUCUUGUGAUUCGAUGGUGUUUUAAUAGCAGUGCUUCAACUUGAAAUUAGAAAACUAAAGCAAAUCUUCAUCUAUACAAAGGUCAAAGGGCCAAGGGGUCAACUCCUGCUCUUUGUUCCUAUGUUCUAAUCCUUAAAACUAGUAAUAUUGGCCCUGUAUACGUGACUGACAUAUCCUGUGACCAGGCUAUUGGCUAAGCUUUAAUACAUGAAAGUAAAUUUGCCAUAGUCCCAGAGGACAAUAUGGCUGCUGCCUCACCAGAGAGAGAGACAUGAACUCAUUAACACCUAAACUGAUUAGGCGAUACUCAUUUGUCAAUCUGCCAAAUCCUUUCACCAUAUGUAGCCAUAUCAAACUGCUGGUCAGUGACAGAAUUAAAGAAAUCGACACUUUUUGUUCAUGUUUCACCUGUUCAAAAGCUAGGUGCAAUUUAUGGAUUCAAGUUUUAAUAGUAUCUCAAUAUUACUUCCACAUAGUUGCCCCACUGUUCACAUGGGUUUCACCUAAGUAUUCAGUAUGUGGAUAUUUCAGCAUCAAUGUUCAUGAAGGUUAUAUGCAGUUAUUGGCAAAGGAAGCAAUUGAAACAUUGAUUCUUGCACACCUGGAUGAUGGGAGUGUUGAGAGAUUAAGACUGUGAUAUUGUAAUGGCAGGUGGUCUGCAAUAAGGUGGUAUUGGCACUUUGUGAUUCACAAUCUGAAGGAAACUAGAUAGUACUCUUCUAGGAAAUGAUCAAGGGAGACAGGUUAGAUGCAGCAAGGAUCCUUGCUGUAGCUGAGAGGGUUAGAACCCAGAGACGUGGUUUCAGAAUAUGGGUAGACCAUGUAGAAUUUGAAAAGAGGGAGAAUUUCUUCACUCAGGGGUGGUGGUGCUGAAAUCUUUGGAAUUUUUUCCCCGAAAGAGUGGUGGAGAUUCAGCUAUUGACUGUUUCAGACUGAAUUUGAUAAGUUUCUACAUGGGAAAAAAAAUCAAGUCAUACACCAGUGCAGAAAAACGGUGUUGACAAUCAGCCACAAUCUCAUUGGUUGACAGUAUGAAACUCAAAGGGUUGAAUGGCCUACUCCUCUUUCUGUUUCUUAAUUUAGUCACUUGGUAGGAUAGAACUUUGUGUAUUGCUGAAAAAAACAUGUUGUUGAUCCCCUCAUCAAGAUAACUCACAAGAAAUGCCAACAGAAAGGAAAAUAGCACUAAUACAAUAUGAAAAGAGAGUUCUGAUUGGUUGGCAAUUGGACUCUAAUUGGUACCAGUGUUGCCACAAAGAAUGCACCAGUUAAUGAUGAUUGACUAUAUACUGUCAAGUUUUGUUUAAAUUUGAUUCAGGUAGAUUGACUGCGAUUGGUCAAGGCAUUAUCCUGACAGUUGAACCAGAGAAUGGCUGUCACUUACUUUGUUGGGUUGAAAAAGGAGCAGUUUGUGUACAAUUUUUUUUUUGUCUACAAAGACCAGAACUUCCAAUGCAUGGAAGUACACCAAUUUAUAAUCAUCAGUCGAGCUCACAAUGUGGGCACUGGAGCAUACUGGAAGCUCUGUUCUGUGCACACAGAAAGAAUUUGUACAUACCCUCUUCCUGUUUAAAUUUAACAAAAUAGGUGACAACCAUUCUCUCGUGCAUUUUUCAGGGCAAAACCUUGAUCAAUCAGCGUCAACCUGCCUGGUUUAAAAUUUAAACAAAUCCUGACAGUUAAUUAUCAGUAUUAAGUGGCAGUGCCUAUACCAAUCAGAGAUCUGUUCCCAAUUAAUGAACUAUCCUCUGAUACAGUGUAAAGGUUGCUUUUCCUUUACAUUGUUAUACUUGCAAAUUGUGGUGAUGAGUGCAAGACAGAAAACAUUGACAAAAAUGUGUCUUUUUUUUGCAACAAUUUGUUAGUUCCUUAAAAUCUUAUGUUCUCAUGCUCCUAACAUAAACCCGGCUGAGGGCAGCACAGACAGUCUAGGCAAUAUCAUGGUGGGGGGCAGGAAAUACUGAAAGGAGACAAAUCCGACUGAGAGGAAAGACCAGCAUUCAAGAAGUGAAGGAGAUUGAGACAGGUUGCGGAAAUUAUGGGGUUGGUAAAGGGAGAAAUUGGUUCAACUUCCGGCAAGAACGUUUGAGGUGCAGUCACUUUGGCAGCGAAGGCAAGAGACUGUUUUAGGUCACCAUGUGAGAGGGUAGACUGGACACAGCUUUAAUGGAAAUGAAUCAAUGUCACAAUGGGAGAGGGAAACAUAUAACGAGAGUAAUGGAAUGGUGACAGAGCAGGGACAUGACAGGGGGAAGGGAAGUAAAAUAACAGGAUCACAUUGGAAGGGACUGGUGCUUGAUCCAGUAACAUUGUUCCUGUCGAGAUUUGAGAAAAGCAAAUCAUUUCUUUUUUGGCAGACAACAUGCAGCAGAAUCACUGACAACAUUUCUUGCAGUCAGCCAAAGAAAUUGUUUUUUUCUAAGGGGAAGUCACAGCCUAGUGGUGUUACCACUGGACUAUUAAUCCAGAGAUCUCAUAAUCUUCCGGGGAAUGGAGUUCGAAGCCCCCGCAACAGAUGGUGGCAUUUGAAUUGAAUAAAAAUCUGGAAUUAAGAGCCUAAUGAUGAUCACAAAUCCAUCGUUGAUUGACAGAAAACCCA